GAAAUCUUUCGUCAAUAUAACAAAUGCCCAUUCCUUUAUCUCUUUAAAUAUGGAGUUGAAGGUACGUGCUGUUCGCUUAGUGAGUUAUCGCUAGGCGGUGGUGUGGAAUCCAGAGUCACAGCUGUCCAGAUAAGACUAGGUCGGUGGUCUGUCACAGGGACUAGUGCAACUGAUCGACUCCUUUACAUCGAUAGUUCCUCGGUUUAUUGGAAAUGAGCUGGCUACUAAUUCUAAUAUUAUUGCAAAUGGUUCAAACACUCAACUGCUAUGGGCUAUGUCCCAGAGGUUGGUUUGGUUCCGUCUGCCAGUAUCAAUGUCACUGUCAAGGCAAAUGCUCCAGACAAGGUGACUGUGAUACUGACGCGUGUAGUCAAGGAUGGUUUGGUUACAAGUGUCAAUACCAGGACAUAGUGUCUAAGUUUGAAGUUCUGUACCCCAAGAUUGACAGUGAGCUGUCUAAAUUGUCCAAUGGGGAUGAUACUGACUGCAUCGAAGAUGAAAGAAUCAAUUCAGUCUAUGUCCACUUGAAGGCUACUAUUUACUUUACAUGGAUGAGCAUAACAGUUGGAAAACCUGAUGUACUGGAGAAGUUUCGCGUUUACUUUGAGAACGACGACAAGAGAUUUGGAUGUGAGAAACAACGCUUUAAAACGAUCGACAAUAACACAGUCCGCAUACAGUGUGAAGGGAAUCAACUCGUCAACACAGUUAUCCUUGAAGGUGAAGGGGUGACCUCGCUUUGCUCAGUUCACGUCAGCAGUGGUCGCAACUUCGGCUUAAAACAAAAAGCAACAUUAACAACGAGUCAAGGGGCCAUUGAUGAAAAAGUCUUAGCAGACGGCAAUAGAGAGACCUUUCCUAAGGGCAACUGUACACCUAUCAUGGGAUCUAAUAAUGUGCCGGUAAAAUCAUGGUCUUUAACUCUCAACGUGCCAGUCGUAGCAAGCAGCUUUGAAAUAUUAAACAAAGGCAAUUUCACCACCAAAGGAAGUCUGAGGCUAGUAACCAUCAACGAGAACAGCAGUGUUGUUCUAGAUGAAUCUUACGACACCGAUCUGAAACUCUAUUCCAAUGCUGAUAAAGAGCCCAUAACCGGGCUCAAUAUCACAUACACGAAGACGAACCCAUCGUCGUUGUCGAUCUCUCUUUGUGAAGUCUCCGUGUACGGCGAAUGUGUACCUGGUACAUGGGACAUUGACUGUACGAAGUCAUGUGACAGCCAUUGUCCUGACUCCUGUAAUGAAAUGGACGGAUCUUGUCCACCGGGUUGUCUUGGUUACGUCGACUCACCUGCCUGCACUAAAAAGUGUGACAUUGGUAAAUGGGGAUCAUACUGCAAGAAGGAUUGCCAUGAUAAAUGUGCAUUUAAAGUUUGCCAAGGGGCUGACGGUCUAUGCAGCUCAGGAUGUAUUGGUUACUCGAAUCCCCCAUACUGUACCGAAGUUUGUGAAGAGGGACGCUACGGCCUCAAUUGUAUGUGUCAGGAAGGGAGUAAAACAACGUCUGAGCUUUGCCCACCUGAGAUACCAGGUAAAUCUACUUUCUUUGAUCCGAAACCCACUUCCUGUCGUGAUGUGAACAGCACAGAAGAAAGGGUGGUAGUAAGGUUGGAGUCCGGGUUAAAGGUCAUGUGUGACACGAAGACAGACGGCGGAGGCUGGAUCGUCAUUCAUCGAAGAUUUAACGGCACCGUCCCAUUCUACAACAGCUGGGAUGAAUACCGUAACGGCUUCGGCGACUACGACAUCGGAGAGUUUUACCUGGGCAACGAGAACCUCUUCAAGUUGACGUCGCGAGGACGGUACGAGCUCAGAAUCGACGUGGAAUUCAACGACAAAAAACAUUUCUUCACCUACACGGGAUUUAGAAUAUUGAGCGAGGAGGAGAAGUACGAGUUGAAGAUUGAGAACUUCACCAAAAUCCCCGACCCGCUCAUGUCUCACAAUGACAUGAAGUUUACCACGUUUGACAGUGACAACGACUUGUACCUGGAUGGGAACUGCGCCCUGGCUUACGGGGGGGCGUGGUGGUUCAAUAACUGCCAUUGGGUCAAUCUUAACGGUGAAUGGGGUACCACUGCUUACGGUCGGGGUGUGAACGUUUUUAGCGUAAGUGGUCUGCACUCCAGUGUAACAUUUGCCGAGAUGAAAAUGAGAGAGCUGCCAAGUUAAAGUCAGUCCAUAUUAAGCUGCUGUAACGUCUGAUAGCAAGUCUUUCUUUUUUUUUUUCGGAUUGUACUUUUACCUUCCAUAGCCCACAUAACUACACGUUUUCUUUCUUUCUUAUAGGAAACCUCAGAAUUUGCGCUAUUCUAAUUUAGCUUUAUCAUCAUAUGAACAUUAAAAGAAAUCCAAAGAAGGAAAACAAAAAAUCUAAUAUAUUCUCUAUAAUAUAUUGCAUUUUUUCGUUAAAGUUUAGGUUUCUUUCAUUUCGCAUAAAAGCUGCUAAAUCUUAUCAAAAUAAUUAUAUUGAUUUCAAAAUGAUUUCUUUUCAACAGUUUUACUUGUUCAAUAAAGUAGAAAUAAAGAAUGAUUAUGUCUAACACAAAUACAUUCAUUUACGCAUAUACACAAUUUUUAGAAUUGAAUAUACAAUUCAAUAUUGUACAAAUGUGUUUUUUGUUAGUUUGUUGUUGUUUUUUUGUCACGGUCAUUCAACAAAAUUGUAUUAUUAAUAGUUAAAUAAUUCGCUUUAAUGAAAUCAGGAAAUUAUCGGAAAUCACUUGAUCUUUUUUUUUUUUUCCUUUGGGAGAAGAGGAAGGGGUAAAUAAAAAUUCAAAUGAAAUGUUUUCUUUCGUUACUACUGUAGUAGAUUGAAACAAUACACACUUCACACUUUCAAAAGGUAUAUAAUUUAAGCUCAAAGUUCAAAUGGUCUCACGAUGUUGUGAAACUAAAUGUGAAAUUAUAUUUACAAAACUUCUUUACAAUAGGCCUACAAACUUUUUUUUUAAUAAUAAUAAAUAAUAAUAAAAAUACUUCUCAAUAAAC